GCUUUUAUGGAACGAGGAGUAGACGAAGAAGUAAAGCGCUCGAUCCCCAACCGAACCAAACAGAACGAAACCAUAAUUAGAUACAAUAAUCACCAAAUUUCUAUUUUUAUCAUGAAAUUUAAAUCCCAUUUCCUCAAAUUUCCACCUUGGUUCUUCCUUCGGUAAGAAUCCAUCUCUUUCCCCUUUUUUUCCUCCAUUUAUUUUUUUUGUUUUUGAAUUUUUCAAUGAAAUAUAAACGCGCACUUCCCCAAUUAUUGUGCUUUUUCCUUGUUCCAAUCGAAAAUUGAUCAGAAUUCCUCGAAAAUUUCCAUGUAAUUGUUGGAGCGAAACCCUAAUCCUUAGAAAGGAGGAACUCGCCCUUAUUUGGGUUUGUUCAUUCUUCUUAGGCUAUCCAGGGUGAAAUUGUACAUUUGUUUUUUUUUCUUUCACAAUUUAGGUCUUGAUUAGUCAAUGUCUCAGGAGGAAUUGACCAAAGUUCCAAUUUUUAGAUGAUUUCUAGGGUUUCGAUUUGCUAUUAGGGUUUCCUUUGCCUUCUAGAGGCAAAUUGAGGGAAUCCGGACUCCCAUUCAACAAAAUGUCUUCAUCUGGAUCUGCUGUCAGUGCGAUUCAAGAUGAAUCGGCAUUCUCUGCCUUUAGAUUCGAUUGCAAUCACUCCCCACAUUGCUCCACUGAAUCCAUUCUGAUCUAUCUGAUGGUAAUGGGAGCGUCAGCAAUCCCGAUGAGGGUCCUUGAAUCCGAUUCAAUUGCAUCUGUCAAACUCCGGAUUCAGAGCUCUGAAGGGGUUGUAGUCAAGAAGCAGAAGCUUGUAUUUGAUGGCAGAGAGCUAGCGAGGAAUGAAUGCCUUGUUAAGGACUAUGGAGUUGCGGACGGCAACGUGCUUCACCUUGUUAUUCGCUUGCCAGAACUUAGUGCAAUCACUGUGAAGACUGCUUGUGGAAAGAAAUUUAAGUUUCAUAUUGAUCGAAACAGAAAUGUUGCUUAUGUCAAACAGCAGAUUGCAAAGAGAGGGGAUGAUUUUGUCAAUCUUGACGACCAAAGGCUGAUUUAUGAUGGUGAGGAGCUCAAUGAUCAAUCAAUUAUUAAAGAUAUUUUUAAGUAUAAUGAUGCAGUUAUCCACUUGCUUGUGAGGAAAUCGGUUAAGGUUAGGACUAAGCCAGGUGAGAGAGACUUUGAGUUAUCAAUCAACGCUCUGGCUGCGAAUGAGAAUAGAGGGUUCGAUAAUCUUGAUGCCAUCGUGAGCAAAUCACCGCUUCCGGAUGUUUGGAUCAAGCCACUUGUUGUAAAUCCAAAGGUUGAAUUUCCUACAGUGAUCCAUAACCUUUUGCGUUUGACGUUAGAUGGGUUGGAGAAGGGAAAUCCUCCAAUUAUGUCUUCUGAAGGCACAGGAGGAGCUUAUUUUAUGCAGGAUGUAGCAGGCCAAGAAUAUGUGGCUGUAUUUAAGCCGAUUGAUGAGGAGCCAAUGGCAGAGAACAACCCACGAGGGCUUCCCUUGUCAUCAAAUGGUGAAGGCUUGAAGAAGGGGACAAGGGUUGGUGAAGGUGCACUUAGGGAAAUGGCAGCUUACAUUCUUGACCAUCCAUUGAGUGGUCGUCGAUCAUUCAUGGGUGAUGGUGUUGGGUUUUCUGGUGUUCCUCCAACUGUCAUGGCAUGCUGCUUACAUGAAGGUUUUAAUCAUCCAAAAGGGUUUGAACAUGAUGAGAAGAAAUCCAAGAUUGGUUCAUUGCAGAUGUUUGUGAAGAACUGUGGGAGCUGCGAGGAUAGGGGGCCUUUGGCUUUUCCAGUGGAGGAGGUCCACAAGAUCUCUGUGUUGGAUAUAAGAUUGGCUAAUACAGAUAGGCAUGCUGGUAAUAUAUUAUUUUGCAAAGGAGAGGAAGGACGUGUUGUGCUGAUCCCAAUUGAUCAUGGAUAUUGUCUGCCUGAGUCUUUUGAGGACUGCACCUUUGAGUGGCUCUACUGGCCUCAAGCCCGUGAGCCUUUCAACUCCGAAACCAUUGAGUACAUCAAAUCUCUGGAUGCUGAACAGGAUAUUGCCCUUCUAAAAUUCAACGGCUGGGAUUUGUCCCUCGAAUGCUCCAGAACUCUUCGCAUCUCCACUAUGCUCUUAAAGAAGGGAGCAGAAAGAGGGCUUACUCCAUACGAAAUUGGAAGCAUCUUGUGCAGAGAAACUCUCCAAAAGGGAUCCAAGAUUGAGGAAAUGAUCAGUGAAGCAAAGGACAGCAUUCUUCAUUCAACCAGCGAAGCUGCAUUCCUUGAGUCCAUUUCGAAAAUCAUGGAUCGACACCUCGACAAACUUGCAUUUUAAAUCAGAUUUUAUGAUUGGCCUACAUAUAUAUGUUAUAUAUGUGGAUAUACGUACGUACGUUUUUUAUGUACUUGUAUGUGGAUGACUGGUAGCAGAGCUGGGCCCCUUCUGUUUGUUGAUGUAGUCAAUUUGUGACUAUAACUGCAAAGAGUUGAGAGAGGUUCUUGAUGACUUUUCUGUGCAGUUCAAAUCAUUUCUUUCUGUUUCUGUUGGUUCACAGUUCUUGAAGCCGAUGAACAGAAACUCAAGAUCCUGUCGGGGGUAAUCCGCCUAUAUUAUCUAAAUUUAUUGGCUUCUCAAUACGACUGCGAUGAUAUAUGAUGAUAUAAGUCGUGAAUAAAUUCGGUCUGUCAGGUUGUGAAUUGUUACGUAUUCUCUACUGUAAGUUUGUAAUUGCUUAAUAGCUUUGUCGUCGAGAAACAUAACCGUGCUUUGGCUGGAAUUUGUAGGUUAACCAUUGUUGAAUGA